UAUUUUAAUAAACAAAAAUUAAUUUUUUUAAUGAGCGGAUUCAAACUCUAUAGAUCUAGAAUAAUAUUAUCAUUAUCGUCUUAAGCUUACAAGAGAGUACACAAGUUAUCAUCUUAAACAUCCACUGAACCUGAAUUUGUUAACUAGCAAAUAAAUAAGCAAAUUAAAUUAAAUGAUGAAAGUUUCAUUAAAAUCCCAUAUAAUGAGUAAUCAAUAACAAAUCAAUAAACAAUAAAAUAAGAAACGCAGAGCACAAAUUAAAAUAUAUAAAAAACAGAAACUAAUCCUACUCAAACAAAUGAAUAAUUAGUAAAUGUAGUUGUAAAAAGUACUAUGUAAAAUAAUAACAUAAUGAGUUAUUAACAUUCAAAUAACCAAAAUGUUUAAAGCUUAAGUACUAUUGUUGAUAAACAUGACUUAAUUCAAACUUUAAAACCAGAAUUGAAAAAAGAAAUAACUAUUUUUAAUAGCUAGAAUAAAUAGUAGCCAAAUAAUUCGCCAUAAUAAAAAUAAUAAUAGAUUUAACAAAAUGGCCACUUAAUUCAAUCAAAUAAUAAGGCUGUUAAAAAGGAAAUUAAAUACUUCAAGGCUUGUGGUUUACAUAAUAUUGGAAAUACAUGUUACUUUAAUAGUGCUCUUCAAUGUAUUAUUAAUACACCAAAAUUUAAUGAUAAGUUUUUAUCAGAUGAUAUUAAACAAGAGUUUAAUCCAAAACAUAAAUAAGUAGCUGUAUAAUAUUGGAGAUUGCUCAAAUAAAUGAGAACUACUAACUAAAAUAGUGAAAACCCAGUCUAAUUGAAAUAAGCAAUCAGUAAUAUUAUAAUUCUAUUUUUAAAGCAAAUUCAACUAAGAAAUUUGGAGGCCAUAGGUAAGAGGAUUCUUAAGAAUUUCUAAGAGCUCUUUUAACAUGUUUACAUGAAGAUUUAAAUAGGGUUACAGGAAAACCAAUCUAUAAAGAACUCAGUGCCGAUCUUAAUAAAUAAACUCUUGAAGAAAUAGUAAAAUAUUUUUUUAUUCAAGUCUAAUACAUGGUUUAAUUACUUUAAAGGAAGAGAUAAUAGUUUGGUUACAGAUUAUUUUACAGGAUAAUUAUUAAGCAGAGUCACUUGUAGUGUGUGUAAAAAUCAAUCAUUAGCAUUUGAUAACUUUUAAGAUUUAUCUUUAGCAUUUCCAAAUAUCUAAGGAAAUUAAAUCACUCUUGAAGAUAUGCUAAAAUAUUAUUUAAGUGAAGAAAAUAUUAAUCAAUAUACUUGUGGAAAAUGUAGAUAGUAAAGAAAAUGUACAAGAUAACUUGAGAUUUGGAGAUUACCAGAUAUUUUAGUUAUUCAUUUAAAAAGGUUUUAUUACAAAGGUUCUAUGAAGAAAAAGAUUAACAUAGAUAUUAAGUUUGGUGCAAAAUUAGAUAUAAGCUAAUUUAUUGUUAAUAGUACCGACAAAUCAACUUUAAAUUGUUAAUAUAAUUUAUAUGGAAUUGUAAAACAUUAUGGUGAUUUAAAUUUUGGUCAUUAUUUUGCGUAAAUUUAUUAUUAAUUAAUUAGAGAAUGCAAACAUCCAUACACUCAGAAAUGGUACUAAUUAAAUGAUAGCUCUGUUUCUGAAAUAAAGCCUAAGGUCUCUUAUGAAUCCGAUAAUUCAGCCUAUUUAUUAUUAUACAGUCGUAUUUGAUAAAUAUAUUUGUGAAUAAAGUGU